ACAGGCUCCGAGCUGCUCAGCGACUUGUUUUAAGCAUUUUCUCCCUCGCUCUCGCUUUUAAUCUUGUCUCUAGUGGCGUGUGUAGGGGGGAGGACUGUAUUUCCAUUGGCUAAGCUCUCCCUUCCCACCCACAUCUCUUCCACAUCACCUUGGUGUCUCCCUAAAUAAAACCAGCCCUCCUUAUCGCCUGGAAAAAAUCAGGAGCUAGAGUUUGAAUGGGUUUUAUAUAAACACUCACCCCCGUCAGCUGGCGGCUGGGCUGUCAGGAUAAACUCACCGCACCUGGCCUGAUGCUCGUCUGGGGUUCUCUCCCUUGAACGGCAAGCUUUAAGCUGAGCUGGAGGACUGGGAACUCUCUGAAAUCUGAUCAACCUGAAGCCAGUGGCGGAACUGCACAGGGUCCCCAUGGACCUCAAGGAGAGCCCCAGCGAGGGCAGCCUGCAGCCCUCUAGCCUCCAGAUCUUUGCCAACACCUCCACCCUCCACGGCAUCCGCCACAUCUUCGUGUACGGGCCGCUGACCAUCCGGCGUGUGCUCUGGGCCGUGGCCUUCGUGUGCUCCCUGGGCCUGCUGCUGGUGGAGAGCUCCGAGAGGGUGUCCUACUACUUCUCCUACCAGCACGUCACCAAGGUGGACGAGGUGGUGGCCCAGAGUCUGGUCUUCCCAGCUGUGACCCUUUGCAACCUCAACGGCUUCCGCUUCUCCAGGCUCACCACCAAUGACCUGUACCAUGCCGGCGAGCUGCUGGCCCUGCUCGACGUGAACCUGCAGAUCCCGGACCCCCACCUGGCCGACCCCGCCGUGCUGGAGGCCCUGCGGCAGAAGGCCAACUUCAAACACUACCGACCCAAGCAGUUCAGCAUGCUGGAGUUCCUGCAUCGCGUGGGCCACGACCUGAAGGAUAUGAUGCUCUACUGCAAGUUCAAAGGGCAGGAGUGUGGCCACCAAGACUUCACCACGGUGUUUACAAAAUAUGGGAAGUGUUACAUGUUUAACUCAGGCGAGGAUGGCAAACCUCUGCUCACCACGGUCAAGGGGGGGACAGGCAACGGGCUGGAGAUCAUGCUGGACAUUCAGCAAGAUGAGUACCUGCCCAUCUGGGGAGAGACAGAGGAAACGACGUUUGAAGCAGGAGUGAAAGUUCAGAUCCACAGUCAGUCUGAGCCGCCUUUCAUCCAAGAGCUGGGCUUUGGGGUGGCACCAGGGUUCCAGACUUUCGUGGCCACGCAGGAGCAGAGGCUCACAUACCUGCCGCCUCCGUGGGGCGAGUGCCGAUCCUCAGAGAUGGGACUCGACUUCUUUCCUGUUUACAGCAUCACCGCCUGUAGGAUCGACUGUGAGACCCGCUACAUCGUGGAGAAUUGCAACUGCCGAAUGGUCCACAUGCCAGGGGACGCCCCUUUCUGUACCCCCGAGCAGCACAAGGAGUGUGCAGAGCCUGCGCUCGGUCUGCUGGCGGAAAAGGACAGCAAUUACUGUCUCUGCAGGACACCCUGCAACCUGACCCGCUACAACAAAGAGCUCUCCAUGGUGAAGAUCCCCAGCAAGACGUCAGCCAAGUACCUCGAGAAGAAGUUUAACAAAUCAGAAAAAUAUAUCUCCGAGAACAUCCUCGUUCUGGAUAUAUUUUUUGAAGCUCUCAAUUACGAGACAAUUGAACAAAAGAAGGCGUAUGAAGUUGCUGCCUUACUUGGUGACAUUGGUGGCCAGAUGGGGUUGUUCAUUGGUGCUAGUAUCCUCACAAUACUAGAGCUCUUUGAUUACAUUUAUGAGCUGAUCAAAGAGAAACUAUUAGACCUGCUGGGCAAAGAAGAGGAUGAAGGGAGCCCCGACGAGAAUGUGAGCACCUGUGAGACGAUGCCAAACCACUCUGAAACCAUCAGCCACACUGUGACUGUGCCCCUGCAGACGGCCCUGGGGACCUUGGAGGAGAUCGCCUGCUGACAGCCCUCAGAGCGCCCGGCACCCCCAAGCAGACCCCGAGGCCCAAGACCCGGGACAGGGGACAGCAGGCUCAGGCGGGAUGGCCCCCGAUGACGGAAAGCAGCAAGAGCCCCCUAUGCACACAUAGCAAACUCUCUGCCAAAACCUCGCUGCGGCCACGUGGACACGGCCCGUCCUCGGUCCCCGCCGUGCGUCCCUCUUAGGAGACAUGAGACACAUUCUGGAACAGUCCAAGGACCAACCUGCCAUCACAUCUCACUGCCAGAUGUAGAAAGCACCUGCAUGCUCAGACUUCUCACGGCGCCACCUCCACGUCUGUCUGUGUACGAGACGCUCCGCUGCACGGUUCCCCCGCGGUGGGACCGGGUUCCGGCCCCCAGUCACCGCGAGGCCACAGCUGGAAUCGCAGCUGCACAAUCGAGGAAAACCGCAGAACUGUCGGCUACGUCCGGUCCUUGUGUGGUUCGUGAAGGUCCUUAACCUGCCCACAGUCCCUUCCUGCCCCAGCCGACCCUCCCCGCCGGGGGACCGGGCCGAGCCCCUCCAACCCCAGCGCCUGUGAUGGAGGCCUGUGGCCUGGUGACUCCGGCCCAUGUCCGUGGCUCCCACGCGUUCUGC